UUAACUUACGGUGGGGAAGUGUGUUUCAAACAUUGGUUACUGUUUACUAUGUACAGUUUGCCAAGAAUUUUAAAUAACAGAAGCAACUACUCGAAUUUCUUUUUAACUUAAAUACAUUGUUUUAUAACAGCCUGAAAGAUAUACUCAAAUGGCAAGAGACAGGUAUCGCAGAAGGUCUCGUAGUAGAUCUCGUAGCUCUUCAGGAAGUUUAGACAGAGUCAGGAGGAGGAGAAGUAGAAGUCGAGACAGAAGGGCUCGAAGUCGUGAUCGACGAUCAAGAACUCCAGAAAGAUUCAGACGAUCAAGAUCUCGCGAUAGAAGGAGAUCAAAAAGUCGAUCUCGGGAUAGAGAUCGUAGAAGGAGAUCACGAUCACGGGGUCGAGAGAGAAGAUCACGUUCUCGAGAUCGAAAAGAUAGAUCACGGAGCCGAGAUCGUAGAGAUCGCAGUCGGGAUAGAAGAGGCAGUUCCAGAGAUAGAUCUAAAAAAGAUAAAGAGGAAAGGCGCAAAGAAGAAGAAAAUAAAAAUUCGGAACAAAUUGGAGAAUUGAAAUUUGAUUUGCUUGACAAGGAAGCCCAAAACAAACAGCUUGAGCUUGAAAUGCAAAGGAGACGAGAAAGAAUCGAGAAAUGGAGAGCAGAGCGUAAAAAGAAAGAAAUAGCCGAAGGAACAUCCAAUUCAGCUGUUGUCUUGCCAUCUGUAAAAAAAUGGACCUUGGAAGAUGAUGAUGAUGAAGAUAUUCCCCCACCUACAGAAUCAGACAAAAAUGACACCACAGAGGAGAAAAUGGAAAAGAAAGAAAUUAAAGAAGAAGAAAAGGAAAAAAUGGAAGUUGUUGAAGAAGAUGAUGUUGAUCCUCUUGAUGCUUUUAUGCAGGGUAUUCAAGAAGAAGUUAAGCAACUGCGUCAUAAAAGUGUGAAGAAGGAAGCUGGAGAGGAAAAAACGGGUGCUAAAGUUACUAUGAUUGUUGGCAUGGCAAAGAAAAAGGAUUCUAAGUCAAAAGGAGAACUUAUGGAACAAGAUCAAGAUGCAUUGGAGUAUUCUUCUGAAGAGGAAGCAGAAGAUCUUCAAUCAGCUAUGUCUAACCUACAAGCUAAUAAAAAUAAGAAACUUCUUACAGUAAGCAAAGAAGAUGUCACAUAUCAGCCAUUCCGUAAAAAUUUUUAUGUUGAAGUUCCUGAGCUAGCAAAAAUGACAAUGGAAGAGGUAGAAAUAUGGAGGAAUGAAAUGGAAGGUAUUAAAGUCAAAGGAAAAGGAUGUCCAAAACCAAUACGAAAUUGGGCACAGUGUGGUGUCAGUAAAAAGGUUUUAGAGAUUUUGAAGAAGCAAGGUUAUGAGAAACCAACACCAAUUCAGGCUCAGGCUAUUCCAUGCAUAAUGUCUGGAAAGGACCUAAUUGGUAUUGCUAAAACUGGUUCUGGAAAAACUCUAGCAUUUUUAUUACCAAUGUUUCGCCACAUAUUGGAUCAGCCUUCCUUGGAAGCUGAUGAUGGACCUAUUGGCAUGGUUAUGACACCAACAAGAGAACUUGCAAUGCAGAUUACAAAAGAAUGUAAAAAGUUCACUAAGGCUCUUGGACUGCGUGUUGUGUGUGUUUAUGGAGGAACUGGAAUAUCUGAACAAAUAGCAGAGCUGAAACGGGGAGCAGAGAUUAUUGUGUGUACCCCAGGACGUAUGAUUGAUAUGCUUGCUGCAAAUAGUGGCAGAGUUACAAACCUUAGACGGUGUACAUAUGUCGUUCUAGAUGAAGCAGAUCGGAUGUUUGACAUGGGAUUUGAGCCACAAGUUAUGAGAAUAGUUGAUAGCAUUAGACCAGAUCGUCAGACUGUUAUGUUUUCAGCAACCUUUCCAAGACAAAUGGAAGCCCUUGCAAGGCGCAUUCUAACUAAACCAGUAGAAGUCCAAGUGGGUGGUCGCAGUGUUGUGUGCAAAGACGUUGAACAACAUGUUGUUAUAAUAGAAGAAGAUGGGAAGUUUUUAAAACUAUUAGAGCUUUUAGGGCAUUAUCUGGAUAAUGGGAGUGCACUUGUUUUUGUAGAUAAACAAGAAAAUGCAGAUAUUUUAUUAAAAGAUCUAAUGAAAGCAUCAUAUUAUUGUAUGGCAUUGCAUGGUGGCAUUGAUCAGUUUGACCGGGACUCUACGAUAUGUGAUUUCAAAGCUGGAAAAGUCAAUCUUUUGAUAGCAACUUCUGUUGCUGCUCGAGGAUUAGAUGUGAAGCAUCUUAUCUUAGUCGUAAAUUACGAUUGCCCCAACCAUUAUGAAGAUUAUGUUCAUCGAUGUGGUCGAACUGGCCGGGCUGGUAAUAAAGGCUAUGCUUAUACUUUUAUAACACCUGAACAAGGACGGUAUUCAUGUGAUAUAAUAAAAGCAUUAGAACUAUCUCAAAAUCCCAUUCCUGAAGAUCUGCAAAAGUUGUGGGAUGAGUACAGACUAAAACAAGAGGCGGAAGGAAAGAAAGUGAAAAGCAGUAGUGGCUUCUCUGGAAAAGGUUUUAAAUUUGAUGAAGCUGAAGCUCAGCUGGCUAAUGAAAAGAAAAAGUUUCAGAAAGCUGCAUUAGGUCUUCAGGAUUCGGAUGAUGAAGAUGCCGAAGCUGAUAUAGAUAAAGAGAUCGAAACAUUAUUAGCUCCCAAAAAACGUGUUCAAGAAAUAACUAUUUUGCCUUCUGGUGGCAUUGGUUUACCUGGUACUAUAGCCAGUGCCGAAAAAUUAGAACUCGCCAAGAAGUUAGCAUCCCGUAUAAGUUUGCAAAGAAAUAUUGGGGCAGAAGCUCAGCAGGCUGCAGAAGCUGUCCUUAAAGGACAUUUAGGAACACCUGUUAUAUCGGCCAAAACUCUUGCUGAACAACGAGCUGAAAAACUUCAUGCUAAAUUAAAUUACCAACCUAAAGCUGAUGAAGAAGGCAAGGAUGAAGAACAAGCUAUGGAAACAUUUAGGAAAUAUGAAGAAGAAUUAGAAAUUAAUGACUUCCCACAACAGGCUAGGUGGAAGGUCACUUCUAAAGAAGCUUUGGCACAGAUUAGUGAAUAUUCUGAAGCAGGUAUCACUGUCCGUGGUACAUAUUACCCACCUGGUAAAGAGCCAAAGGAAGGAGAUAGAAAGCUUUACUUGGCUAUUGAAAGUACAAAUGAACUUGCUGUUUCUAAGGCACGGGCUGAAUUUAUCAGGUUAAUUAAAGAAGAACUUGUAAAAAUGCAACAUUCUUAUCAACCCAUCAACAGAGGCCCGUUACAAAGUUCUUUAAGUCAACUCAUCCAUCCUUUUGUGUACAGAUCAUCAACUACUAUAUUGAGCAAUAAAUUUUUAUUAAAAAAUUAUAUCCUCCAAUGCAAACAGCAAUCUUGA